AGUGUAAACAACAAUAAUCAUCAUAAUCAUCGGCUGCAAGUUUCAGUGGGCAAGCGGUAGGGUUUAUGUAUUUGAGGCUCCCAAAUGCUCAACAAGAACACAAGCUUCCAGUUAUUGUAAUUUACAUAUCGCAAGCCCGCAGCCUUCAUUCCAAUAAGAUAUGAUAUUGGCUUUGUGACUGCUCCUGGAUCUGGUGUGACUGGAACUUUGCAACAAUGUUUUUGGCCAGCCCAAUGCGACUUGUGACUUUACACCUGCAACUUUUUUUCCUGGUGCGAGUCCACUAAAUUACAAAGAAAACUUUAGGAGAAUAACAGAAACAUUUUUCUUAUAAGACACAGAAGCAUAUAGAUGAUACAGAAAGUGUGCUCAACUUGAAGACUCAAAGUUUGCCAGAAGUGCACUUUAGUGGACUCCUGAGCCACCACAAUGACAAAAUGGAAACAGUCAGAAGCACAGAGAAGGUUCGCUGUGGCCAGCUGUCCAGCAUAAAAUACAGAUCCUCUAUCGAGCGCUGCCUUACCACCAGCCAUGUUAUGUCCAGUGUGUCUCUGGAUCAAAAGGAACAGGUUGCCACCUCCUAUGUGACAUAUGCAGACUUAGAAUGUGUUGACUACAAGUACCUGCUCUGUGGACUCAGUGAUGGAGGUGUGGCCAUUUAUGACACAAGUGUUGUGAAGGAAGGCAGCAUCUAUGGGGAGGUGGGCUCAGUCAAGGGAGGCCAGAGGGGUACACACAAGUAUCAGGUUGAAUGCGUCCAGUGGUAUCCAGCUGAUGCAGGGCUGUUCAGCACCUCUAGUCGUGACAAGAGGAUAAAGAUCUGGGAUCCAAACCGCAUGAAGGUUGUAGAUCAGUUUGACAUUGACUGCCACAUUCAUCACCACCAGAUGUCUCCGGUGGCCACCAAGCACUCCUUACUGGCUGUAGCAGGAGACAGUGGGGAAGUGAUUCUGUGUGAUCUGCGUUCAGGAACAUCCACCCACCGCUUGAGAGGCCAUGACGGAGCUGUGAGAACCACACAGUGGUCUCCACGAGUCCAGCACUUAAUUGCUUCAAGCGGCUGUGACCGUACAGUUAGGAUGUGGGAUGUACGAGGUAGUCACCCCUUUAUCAUGGCUCUUGAUGCAAAUCACCAUGCUGCAGAGAGCUUCAGGAGAAACAAAAAAAUUAAGAGGAUUCCCCAAGCACACAAGAGCCAAGUGGUGUCCUUCUGUUUUACCCAUGAUGGCCUUUGGCUUCUUACAUUUGGCCGUGAUGGUGAGCUCAAGUUGUGGAAUUCUACAACAGGAAGGAAGAUGGAUGUCAGUUAUGGGGAAAUGUUCACUGAUACAAGAAGAAACCUGAGGAUGGCUGUGACACCAUCAAUGCACCCAGAUUUAGUAUUUCUGCCCUGCAAAUCCAAAGUGUUGGUCCUUGAGAUUCUAACUGGUAGGCUGGUAAAUGUCAUGUCUGGCCACUUCUCAACUGUAUUUGGAGCCUUGUAUAACCCUUCCUCCAUGAAUUUGUACACUUUUGGCAAUGAUCACAACUUCAUAACAUGGACUCCUAAGAUAUUUGAUGUUAAUGAGCUUGAAGAAGAUGAAAACAGGACUCUAGAUCUACUAGAAUUACCAAAGAGACAAAGAGUCACUCAAGAUAACUGGAGUAGUGAUGAGGACUAGCUCCACAGUUAUUACUUGAUUGAUGCCAACUAAUUACUUAACUUCUUUUCAUUCAUCAGUCAUCACAACCAUAAGUCAUUGUCUUCCUCAGAAGUGUCUUAGACAUAACCUAGGUCCCGGUCAUUGGUAAUUAUUAUUUUCUAAUUAUUAAUUAUUUUCAUCCAUGGCCAGGAUUUUUACAUCUUUACUUCACUGAUCAUGAUAAUUUUAUUAGUUAUACUAUAUAACUGAAUAAAUUUUACAUGACUUUCAUUAAGUAAUUUUUUCUUUCUUGCAUAUGUGGGAUGAUACCUGAUGAAGCUGAAAUAGAUUAUAACAAAGGCAAGAAAUAGUAAGGCUAGAAAGUUCUUGAAAGUGACAAAUACUAGGUGUUUCUGGGAGCAGUUCAAAAUUUAUGAGAAAAGCAUAUACUAUUGGGAGGUGGUGGUGUAGUGGAUAACAUGGUGAGCAUGGGAUCAGGCAGACAUCCAUGUGUAGCUUGGAAUCCCACCACAUACCGCUAUGAAGCUAUGGCAUUUGUUGAGUGGUUCAAAAUUACCUACAUGCUACCAUAAUACCCAGGUUCUAGGUGGUUACAACAAAGAUGCACUUGGGUGCUGAUAUAGGCCCUAAUAUGGGUACCACUAUAAAUAAAAUUGCCUGCGCCACUAAUGGACAGAAACUUAACAACACUUCCCACAUAAACUCUUCAAGUAUGCCUACAAGUGCUAUAGGCCAUAACAUAAAAAAAAUAAAUAAUAAAUAAAUAAAAAUAAGUAGUACAAUCAAUAACGAUUUUUGGUGUUUUGACACAGAGUGCCAAAGUGAAGUGGAGAGCUUUAAAGGAUUAGACAUAUUAAUGGGGAAGAUCGAUAGAAAUAGGUAUGUUUCAUAAAGGGACUCGCUUGUAGGCCUACUGACUUCUUGCAGCUUCCCUUACUUUGUUAUGUUUUUGUGUUCUAACCAAAAGAGUAGUGGAACUUCUGAACAUCUCCAUCUUUGAAGAAUAAGAGUGAUGGGUGGUGAGAUUUAAUAAUGGAUGUGGGAACACUUAAUGAUCAGCAUAAUGUGAAGAAAAUAGUCUCUUUUUGUAGUGUUUUAUCAUAUAGAUUUUAUUUAUAUAAAAAUUCUUUGAAAAAUAAGGUACCUGUUUUGGAAUAAAUAGUCAUGUACAAAA